ACUCGAUUCGUCAUCAGUCAAGUCCUUGAACAGACGAGGGAAACGCGUACAAAAUCCUUGAGCGGUUACCCGUCGACAUUCGACGCUGAAAAAGUGCAACUCGCUAACAAGAAAGUAACGCAGUAAAGAAAACGAGAAUCCUCACAGAAAAUUGAAGCUCAAGAUGGGAAAUUUUGACAAUCAGUUUAUCAUUUGCUAUUUCCUGAUAGCGAUUUUACAAGCUCUGCCAAUAUCAUGUGCUGCUUCUAAUGGUAAUUCCAGACUGUUCAAGGAGGUUAAGAUUAACGGAGGUGAUGCCGACUGUUCCACAGCAGGAAAAAACUACAAAUCAGUCACCUUCUCCUCAGUGUUAUCGUCAGCCACAAUCCCCUGCGCCAACAUUUGUAGACAGGAAGAUGCUUGUGUGGUGUUUGACACCAAAGGUAAUGUUUGUACCCUGUACAACUUGACGCUGUCAGCUACCACACCCUGUGCCAUGGGGGCUUCAGGAACAAGGGCAUACACAAAACACCUUGGGAGAGACAUAGCCCUUUAUAAAUUCAUCGAUGCUUCCACCAUUGCACCUGGCAACAUAGCUCUCUUCAGUGAGCUCACAAGCAAUAGGACCUCUUACAAUGACAAUCAUCUUUACUGCCCCUGUACCCAAGUCUAUGAUAAUAGCUGGAUUCGAGUUGAUCUUGGGCAAACUUACAAGAUUACUCGAGUUGAUGUCACAGUGUCUUUCCAGUUGCGAGAGACAUACUUCAGAACAGUCAGCGUACAUAUUGGUGAUACAGGACUUUUGGCAGUUGACCCACUAGUUGGUGGAAAGGACUCCAGAAUACCAGCACCACUGGAGCUUUAUAAAUUCUAUGUUACAGGUACUGGAAGGUACGUGAUACUCCAACAGCUUGAGACAAAUCAUUUCUGUUGCUGCAAGAUCCAGAUCUACGGUUACUGAAAGGCGAAUCUCCCUCCCCUUGGGGUACUCUGUCUUCAACCAAAGGAAAACCAACUAUUAGGGCCGUAGUCCCUAGAUAAGGUCUUCACGCCUAUUUACAUUUGCACGGAGAGCAAAUCUCCUUUGGUGUAUUCGCCUGUCUUCACUGGAUGGAAAAAUCACUAUUAGGCCCGAGAUCCCAAUAUAAGGUCUUCACGCCUAUUUACAUUUGCACGGAGAGCAAAUUUCCCUUAGGGUAUUCACCUGUCUUCACUAGAUGGAAAAAUCACUAUUAGGCCCGAGGUCAACUAGAUAAGGUCUUCAAGCCUAUUUACAUUUGCACGGAGAGCAAAUUUCCCUUAGGGUAUUCUCCUGUCUUCACUAGAUGGAAAAAUCACUAUUAGGCCCGAGGUCAACUAGAUAAGGUCUUCAAGCCUAUUUACAUUUGCACGGAGAGCAAAUCUCCCUUAGGGUAUUCACCUGUCUUCACUAGAUGGAAAAAUCACUAUUAGGCCCGAGGUCAACUAGAUAAGGUCUUCAAGCCUAUUUGUAUCCUCAACCAGGAACACUGGCAAACAUUGCUGUCAAACUGUCAAACAAUAUCUCAGACAUUAACUGUUGCAUGUCCAUUAUACCUGACUACAAGAGAACAUGUAAGUAAUGAUAAUAAAGAUAUUAAAGGUCA